AAGCAUUUCAAAAAGACGGACACAGAGACAGAGCAACAUAAAGACGUGCGAGAGAAGAGUACCCGCAAGAGUCGCAAUCAGGUGUGUGCAGAUCUAACGGAAGCCAUGGAGACAUUCAGAUCCAUGCUUUCUGGGCAGAAAAGAGACUCUAAGUCUCGAACUUCUUACUCCAUUUAUAAAAACCAAGACAGAGGAUCCAUGAGAACAAUGGUGGAGUCUGGAGAUGACUCCGCCUGCGUGGAAAUGAAAAUGGUAGAGCCGGAUAUGGAUGAUGACCCAGAGACUUCACUGACAAGUGACAUCACUAACCUUGUUCUGCGAAAACCACGAGACUACAAGAGAGCUAUUGUGUACCUCAUCCUUACAGCAUUGCUCAUUUUCAUCACAGCAUUCCUCCUUGGCUACAUUGCUUUUCGGGAGUCAUGCACCUCUUGUUCAAAUGAUGAAGAUCAGUUUUCAUCAGCACUGCUGGAUGACUACCCCAGUUCAGAAUCCUUCAUAGGACCUGGGAUGCUUUACUGGACUGACCUGAGAGAAAUGCUGCAGAAGUAUUUGAGGCAGGAGUCCAUUGAAAACACGGUGUGGAAGUACAGUCAGAUGACACAUCCUCCUGGCUCAAGUACAGGGAGCAUGUUGGCUGCCCAUGUUUUGGAAACAUUUAAAAAGCUGAAGUUAGACCAUACCUGGACUGAUUCCCACUAUGCCACACUGCAGUUUCCUGACAGGAUGAAGCCAAACUACCUGCAAAUUGUAGAUAACACUGGAAUGCUGAUACAGAAUAUUCCUCCAACAAAUCCCGAAGCCUACUGUGCAUAUAGUGCAACAGGAAAUGUUACAGGAGGACUGGUUUAUUCAAACUAUGGACAAAAAGAAGAUUUUGAAAGGCUUUUGAAGCUAGGAGUGGAAAUAAAAGGCAACAUUGCUAUCAUGCGGAUAGGAAAAAUCAGCUUUGCAGAGAAGGUUGCAAAUGCAGAGAGAUUUGGGGCAGCAGGUGCUCUGAUUUAUCCAGACCCCAUUGACAUCCCCCAGGACCCCAGAGGAAUGGGCCUCCAUAGCUCUACAGCCAUCUCUGAGCAUGUUCACCUUGGAUCAGGCGACCCUUUUACUCCAGGAUUUCCAUCCUUUAACCAUACCCAGUUUCCUCCUGUCCAGUCUUCUGGUCUUCCUAGCAUCCUGGCUCAGACCAUCAGCGCCAAUGCGGCUUUUACAUUGCUCAGUCAGCUGUCAGGACCUAGUGCGCCAAAAGAAUGGAAUGGAAGACUGUCCAAUGUGCCUUAUUCUCUGGGACCCAACUUUACCAACCCUGAACGUCUUCUAAGACUGGGGGUGAACAAUUACUUUAGCUCUCUGCUCAUUAAUAACAUUUUUGGCUGCAUUGAGGGUAAACAUGAGCCAGACCAGUACAUUAUUAUCGGAGCUCAGAGGGAUGCUUGGGGACCUGGUGCAGCAAAGUCUGGUGUUGGCACUGCAAUUCUGUUACAGUUAGCACGCUCAUUCAGUUCCAUGGUGCAAAAUGGUUUUCAACCAAGAAGAAGCUUGCUUUUUGUAAGCUGGGAUGCAGGUGACUUUGGAAAUGUCGGGGCUACUGAAUGGCUGGAGGGUUAUUUGACAAUGCUUCACCUCAAAGCUGUGGCCUACUUCAGUUUGGAUAAAGCUGUGUUAGGUGAUGAUCGGCUUUAUGCAUAUACAAGUCCACUUCUUGCCAAUCUGAUUGAAGGAGUUAUCAAACAGGUGGACAGUCCUAGACAUGCUGGCCAGACCAUCCACAUGCAGCUACAGAACCAAGGCCUGAACUGGAAAAGUGAAAUAAUCAGACCUCUUUUCCUAAACAGUGGAGCAUACAGUUUUACUGCAUUUGGAGGUGUGCCAGCAAUGGAAAUAAGUUUUAAAGAGGAUUUCCGCCAAUACCCAUUUCUUAACACAGAGUAUGACACUUUUGACAACUUGCAGUUGCUACUGGAAGGCCGAUUAGCUCUUGUAGGCCGCACAGCAGCAGAGCUGGUAGGCCUGAUGGUAAUGAAACUGGCUCAUGAUCACAUCCUACCACUUGACUACUCUUGCUACAGUGAGACCACCCUGCAAUUCAGCACUCAGCUCAACAAGUACUCUCGAGAACUACAGGCUCAAGGUUUGACACUGCAGUGGAUCUUUUCAGCCCGUGGAGAUUAUAGCCGUGCUGCAGAUCAACUCCGUAAUGCCAUCCUGAACAGCAACGAGCAUGACCAUAAUUUAGCACGCAUGUACAAUGUGCGGAUCAUGAGGGUGGAGUUCUACUUCCUGUCACAGUACGUCUCCUCCACUGAGUCACCAUUUCGCCAUAUCUUGCAUGGUCGUGGAAAUCACACUCUGUCUGCACUCCGUGAACACUUGGCUUUACUGCGCACCAAUCCAUCACAAUUUGAUGAAAACCAAUUCCGAAGACAAUUGGCCCUUCUGACCUGGACCCUACAGGGGGCAGCCAAUGCCCUCAGUGGGGAGGUGUGGAAUAUCGACAACAUGUUUUAGGUUUUUCCUUUAGUAGGAACCUGGUUUGCAUUGCCUUACUGUUUGUAGUAAUUCUCAGGAUCAGUAAGUCAAACUAUUUCAGAUGAUGUACAGCAUUUAGCAUAACCUUCUCAAAUCUGUGCACCUCUGUGAACAUGAAUUACAAUAAACAGUUUUGACAGAGUUUAAUUCUUUUUCAGGUAACCAAAAUGUUGCAUCAGUUUUAAAAACUAAUGAAAUGAAAACAAAGUAUUCAGUGCUUUGUAGAUUUCUUUUUUUAGACAUGUACCAAAGUCAAGAAAAGUCUAUUAAUAAACACAUGGCAGUCAACUAAGCACCCUGAGAAUUAUCCUACAAACAAAGGCAAUGACACCAAUCACAUGUUUUUUGUAUGCUGUGUUUUCUGACAUUUCCUCCUUCUAUCCUGUUCCUUAUCUUAACUGCCUGAUUUUCAAAAGAUGGUAAUAUUAAAUGUUUAGCAGUUUCAAUUAUACCAGUAUUAUAAGUCAAAGCUUAUAUGACUUAUAUUAUUGUAUUUAAACAGUUUCUCUCUAAUUUACAGUUUGUGAGUAUUAGUGCCCUGCUCAUCCAAUUAGUUCUUUACGUUUUUCUCCAUGCUUAAAAAUGGAGACUAUAAUCUUCAUAGUGUAAUCUAAGACAGGUUGGAGCUGAAGCUAGAGGGGUCAUUUUAAGAUAUCCAGAAGCACUCUACCCUAAUGUCAAACUUUCCCCCUUCCAGAAAAGAUUUUCUGACAUUGAACUUGGAAAAAAAAUCUAAAUCCUUCACUUCUGUAGGUGAUCCUGAAGCAUUUUUAACUUGCCCUUUUCAAUUACAAAUGGAAAAAACAAGGUCACGAGUCAGUGCCUAUCCCCAAAGUAGUGAGUGUAAGACAUGAUGCCAUUCUGCAUUGUUUACAACCCGAGGCUUUAACUUUUCAACAGUGAUCCUAGAAGAAACUCAGGAUUUAAGCUUUACAAUGUCUUCAUAUGCUGACCCAAUGCUGUGUGUUCUGAAACAUCUUUUUAGGUGCCUCGGACAUUGAAUUCUUUAUCCCAGACCUAAUUUGGAUUAAUUGACCAUCUUAACCUGUAGUUUUGAUGAAUCUAACUUUUAGAACAGAUGACAUUUAGGAUGUUUUAAUGAGUUGUGAACAAACAAUGCAUCUUAAUUGCAGUGAAAAAUCCACUAUUAUCAUUGGUGGGUCAUAACUGACCCAAAAGCACAUAGCAGCUUUCAAAAUAUGACAAUUGGAAAAUAUUUGCUUUUUUUAAUCUUAGGUUACUUUACUAAAAACUUUUCACAUUUCUGAGCUGAAAAGAUACCAUUUUAGGUGUCUUUAUGGGUUGUGAACAAACAGUGACGUGUAACAUUUACUAAAAUUUAUAUUGGGUCAGAAUAGACCAGAAGGAAAUGGCAGUCUUCAGAUGUGUAGCAGUUGUACAGAAAAUUAUAUUUGGAAAAAGUUCUGCUUUUUGUAAAGUUAGGUCACAUUACUAAAAGCCUUUACGUUCUGGGUUGAAAAACUGAUCUGAAAGACAUGGCAUGGUAAAAUUGGUAAAAUUAUUUAGAAGCUGUGUAAAUUAUGAAAUUUGUAAUUUUGUUUUUACUGUUCUUUAAUUGUGGAAAAUUUAGGAAAAGUCAUUGUUUCAUCCUGAACAUGAAAUUUAGUGUGCUUUUACUGAUUUCAAAGACAAAACCAGAUCACAUUUGCCCCAAAGACAUUGUAAGGAUUAAUUACUUGAAGGUUAUAUACUGUAUCAUUAUGGCAGCUGCUGGUAUAAAAUUGUUGCCUUGCAAAUUAGCAAUAAAAUUAUCUGAACAACUACUCUAUAGGCUAACGUUUAACAAGGGUGUUUUAGAACUUUCCUAAAUGAGACAUUUAAAUUUGUUUAAUCUGAACUUAGAUAUUUUCCAAGAUGCUAGGAUCUCCGAAAUGUAGAAACUUUAUAAACAUGUGAGUUCUUUUUUUUUUGAAAAUCAGGCCAUUAGUUUUUCUAUUCAGCCUUUCUGUUUGUCUGUCAACAGCCUUUUCUUUCUGGUCAGCUUUGAGGAGAAAGAAGAAACCUUGAUCUCCUUCAUCGUUUUUCCCUCCUAUUUUUUAAUGCCUUUCUUCAUAGAACAUUCCAAUUGCUUUCAAUGUCUUUAUAUCUGGAAGAUAAUUUUAGUUAUUUAAAAACAUCUCAAUAAUUUUACAGAUCUGUACUUGGAUGCACUAGUUUUGCAUAAGUCAGUCAGUCAAUCGAUUUCUAACCCACUUAGUCCUGAAUAUGGUCAUGAGGAUCUCCUGGAGCCUACCCCAGCUUGCAUAUGAUGCAAGGUUCAGAUCGUAUUCGUUUGCUGAGGUUCUGAAGUCUUAGUCUUUGUUUUUUGAUGUCUCUUGAAAUCUUUAGCUAUUACCCUUAGAGAAUGUGUCAUCGCACAAACACUAAGUGUUCAGUCAAGUCCAUAUAUGCAGUGUCCCAGAAUUGCUGUUUACUGCAUAGGCAAGGUCAGAAGAGCCCACCCUAGAAUUAGUGUCGCUAACACUGGACACUAGCCAGUGCAUUGUAUGUCUCUAAAUUAAGGCAAUUAUUAAAUUAAUUAAGUAAUCACAUUUACAUUUUUACAUUUACAUCAUUUAGCAGACGCUCUUAUCCAGAGCGACUUACAACAGUGUUUGUUAGGUUUUUUUUUUUUUCGCAUACCCCUUGGGGUCAGAGCGCAGGGUCAGCCAUUGUACAGUGCCCCCUGGAGCAAUUACAGGUUAAGGGCCUUGCUCAAGGGCCCAGCAGAGUAGGAUCUCUUUUGGCACUGACAGGGAUUCGAACCGGCAACCUUCGGGAUACCAGCGCAGAUCCUUAGCCUCAGAGCCACCACUCCGCCCUACAGUGUCAAAUGCCUAUUUCUUAGCUUUUCUAAUGAGUUAGUUUCUUCAUAAUAAAAAAGUAUAUCAGUAGUAAAUCAAAAGAAAAGCAGAUGGAGUGACAGAACUAGAAAAGUUUAGGUAGGCUAUCAGAAGUUUGAUUAUUUUGCAAUGUCGUUCAUCUAGCACACCAGUGAAUACUCUUUUCCUGUGCUGAAAGCUUAAAAAUUAAUUAUAUAUCAAAGUAAGCUGUUCUCUAAAGUGCCUGGAUUAAGCCAGUAAGUUUGUUAUUUUCCUUUAAAUCACAUUCCAUGAUCAGUAAUUUCAAACAUACAAACAAACCUCAAAUCUGAUUUAUAUUGUCUUUUAUGUUUCCCAUCAGAUAUGAUGCAGCAGAAUUUAUUUAGACAAUGUCUGUUUAGUUUAUUAAGCUGUUAAGACUUCACAAUACUUACUUAAUUACUGUCACAAGUUUUAAAUCCUAAUGAAACUAAACACAUUCUUAUUCAUCCACAUCUGGCUGCCGUAAGACUGACUUAUCUGUCUUGCAUCUCCUUUAAAUUCAUUAACAAUGAGGAGACUUAAACCUUGCACGCCAUUUUUUGACACCACUAUUACGCUAACAAUUUAUCCCAUUGACUCUUAACAGUUGAGCACCACCUAACUGCCUUCACUUUCUUCAUUCCUACGGAACUCAUUUGCUUAACCAUAGAUUUUAGGUGGCACAUGGUGAUAAACUGUACUUUUCAAAAACUGUACGGUCAAUUAUGGUAUUGUAAGUAUGGUUAGGAGAAAACACAAAGAUCACAGUGUGACCAGACAGGUUCAAUAAUUUUUUCUUGGACAAAACAAUACAAGUUGUCAUGAAAAGCAAAGAAAGAAUCUAAAGGAUAUAUUUUAGAGAAUUGUGGAACAGAAAGGAAUGAACUGUAAAGUAGUCUCCACAGUAAGUGAUGACCUUUGAAAGGUGCACAUUAUUGGUAUCAUUCUGAACUAGGAUAUCAUAAGUUAAAACCAUACAAUUUUUGAAAAGAACAGGUUAUUCACAUCGACACAGUUCAUCAAUAUCUCCACUUCUAAAAAAGCCACUGAGGUUUAAAGAUCUUCAACGUUCUUAACUACUAUUAUGGAAGGACAGGCAAGCAACAAUUCCACUGUACUCUGUACGGGUGACAAUGCUACUGUUACUACUGCUUAGUAAGUUAUCCUGUGUAUCUGUUGUUAUCACACCAACAAGUUAUUACUAGGAAAUGAAACAAAAAGUCAAAGUAUGAUAGUAUGGAAAUGAUUUCUCUCCUUUAGAAAUUCAAGCUACAGAAGGCAUCAUAAUAAAAACUUUAGUGUUCACUUACAAAUAGCAGACUUAAGCUAACAUUGUGCAACCACGUAUAAGAUUCACAAUUGUAAUAUCUUGAUAAAAUAAAUACUGAACAGAUUAAACACCAUUUUAUUGAGCUAAAUUAUCUUCAUCUUGUGAACCUAUAUUCUUCCUAAUGCCAUUGUUGACCUUUUAUUCCAGACUUACCUGCUGAUGCCUCUGCUGUGAUUUUCUUUUACUUCUUCUUUGCCUAUUAAUUUUCUGUUAUCAGUCCAUUAUAUUGAUAAUGUGUGUCAUAUUAUUUACAUUUUUAUGUUUUUGAGUUUAUCACAGUGUAUAAUUUUGAAAUGUCUGGUGGCAGCUCUAUCACCUUUUCAGGUGUGUCGCUAAUUGUUGUUAAUUUAUCAGUGACAGUGAUCACUAUAAAUUCUUUUUUAUUGCCAAGUAAUAAUGAAGUCAUUACGAAUGUAAACAGUAAUUAUCGGGAGCAGUGCCUUCCAUAAUUAUGACAGUUAUACUGUCGUCCAAUCAGAAAGCAGCAUCUGCUAACAAUGAGGAGUAAUGUCAGAGAGCUGGCACAGAGGAGAGCUGUGAUUCCUCUGUCUUGUACCAAAUCAUAAUCUUUAAAAAAAUUGUGUUUCAGACAAGAACAAAAAAGAUGUAAUGCUGACAAGUACUAUUAGACAAAAAUGAGAGUAUCAUGGUUAGAAUAUUGAUGAACAGUACUGAUUUUUUUUAUGUUUUGUUCAUUUUGCUUUGCUUACUUUUAUUCAAUGAAAAAAGGACUCCACAAUGGAAAUUGUUUGAAUUUUUACCGUUUGUCAUCAUUGUCUUUUGUGCCUAAAGGUUAUUCAUGGAAAACAACUUCUAACCCCAAAAGAAUAAUUUAAAUUAUAUUAUUCUUGAAAAAAAUUUCUCUAUUAGUUUUAAUUUUCACCAUUUUUGGACACCAAUCUGUACAGAAGGUGAUGUCAGCAUGUGCUGUGUCCUACUGAUUAAUACUGCAAUAGAAAAGACAAGGCACACUUUUUUGUGCCUGUGUAUGUGGCAACAGUAAACGAAUUACUAAUUAAUUUAAUGAAACAUAAUAAUUAUUAAUAAUACAAUCUGAAAACACUGAACCUUAUCGAUUCUAUUACUGCACCUCACCUGGGUGUAGAACAAACCCAACAUCAGAUUUAUGAUGCCAUUAAUAACGUUACUGUUUUUUUUUUUUUUACUGUAUUGCCUUUUUAAGAAGAUCCAUAACUGCUUCUGAUGUUUGCUUAUUGAUGGACCUAAUUUGUGUCUGAAUAAGCCCUUGAUGACUGUAACAGGUUUGCCUAGCCCAAAGCAUACUGGUCGAUAGAAAAGCACUUUGAUGCCGUUAAUGAAUGUAUGAUGUGUCAGUGGGCCUAAUUCCCUUACACCACAUAUUUGACCCAUCAAGAGACAUAUAAAUUAUUCACUCAGCGCAGCAUCUGAGCUAAACAAAUCAGUAGAUCUACAAAAAAUCUCAUAAGAAUCGUAUUGUUCUUGCAGUCCAAUGUUAAUUGAAUUCCUCUUGUAUUCAUCAGUGCCUACUCUCUGACAUUGCUACAGGCUGUCCAACCAGUACUAUUGGAAACCAGCAGCGCCAGUAGGUCAUUCCACAUAUUUGGAAAGUCACUAUUAUUUAUUGCAAGGAUACUACUUCACUGUUGUAUUAGAAUAGGACUUCUUUGGUGGCACAUUAAAAUCUACCUGGCUCAUUUCCAAUGCUGAUUUUUGCAUACAAGAAAAGUAAAGUUGCUUCUUUCCCAACAGCAAAACAUAUUAACAAAAAAUGUAUCUUAAUGGCAAAAUUAAUGAAAGCACAUCAUAGUGUUCUGUUCUCUCUGAAUAUGUUAACACUUCAGAGAUGAGAAUAAGAGCACAUUUAUAAAUUUCACUUCAGGGUCGGUAGUUUUAUGCAUUAAUUCACCUUCUGCAUGUAAUUUCAGGGAACAUUUUUAAGUUAUAUGUUACAUCAGGAUUACAUUUCAUUUCAUACAUCACAUUAUGAAAUUAAGCUUUCAGAAGAAAAAAAGUGCCCUGUGGCCCUUUCACUGUCUUCCUUAUUUGCAUUUUUAAAACAUUAACAUUCAUACAGAAAGUAUGCUUAAACAACAUUGGAAAUGAUUGGUUCUGCUGAGUCAAGAUGUGCAGCCUUCAUAGAAGCUGACAAAAUUAUUGUUGUUACUAACACAAGUAUUUGUGCGUAUGUGCAAAUAUCUUUUGUUCCAGUUUACUAACAUGCUUAUGUACCUGAUGCUGUUGACUUCCAAUACAGAACUUAAUAAAAUCCAGUAAAUACCA